AUGGCCACUACCACAGGGAUGAUCGAGGUGAUUGCUAACGAUCGACUCGGCACUAAAGUGAGGGUAAAAUGCAGUAAGGAAGAUACAGUCGGAGAUCUCAAGAAAUUGAUCGCCGCUCAAACGGGCACUCGGUUCGAAAAAAUUCGACUCAAGAGGGCUAACAGGGAGUUCAAGAAUCAUAUCACUUUAUACGAUUAUGAGAUUAAUGAUGGGACGUGUCUUGACCUGUACUAG